CUUUACUUAAUCCCUGUGUGCUUCGUCUAUCCCAGAGUGCCAUUAUGGCUCGAAACAGUCGACAUGGUCCUUGAACCACAACCACCUUCAAUACACAACCGACUCAUGGGUACGCGUAUACCACAUCCUCCUUCAACCGGGUUUCAUGACGACGAUGAUUUUCCCUCCCCACCUGCGAAGCGGCGCAAACCCACCGGUGCACACGGUGCAAACAGCCCUAAACGAGGUUCACCCCGAAAGGCAGUCUCACAACGGGCCAUCAAGAAUGAGAUUCCAGACUCCGAGGACGAGGAGCCGUUUAUAGACCAGGAUGAUGUUGCAUUGCCGACUGUCCCUCGAACCACGCAGUUGGAGGCUACGCUGCCACCUGUUCAAUCAGACGAAGAAGCCAUUGAAGCUUAUGAGGCCUACAAAGCCGGUGAAUAUGCCGACGAAAAGCAAAAACAGCAGGCGGACGGCACGACUCUGUCGAGACUAGAGUCACGAUCUUGGGUAAGAGGUCGGAGUUCCAUCUACGUCGAUGCCUUCAACCUCGCCUUAGACACCGUCUUGGAGGAAGAAGAGCACCUUUUCAACCAGGCUGAAUUGAAGCUUUUCAAGAUAUGGCGUGAGCUGGGAUAUCAAGCACAAUACCUCUACGUACGGUUGUUCUUGCGGAAAACCAGUAAAUGGUUUCGAGUCAAGGAUCUGCAAUAUUACUCAGAUAUGACAGACAUUGAAGCUGCAGUGGCAGAUUUACAGAAGGAUCGGCCGCUACCCACAGACGGAGAUGAACCUGAGACCUUCCCGGGCGAACUCGAGCCACCAGAAGGUAGCUUCUUGGGGGAGAAUUUCUCAUUUGCAGAGUGCUCCUCAGAGCAUAUUACAACCUUGGACGAAGCAAGUAGCCUGCUCCUUUUGGACGAGCUAAAGGUUCUCGCGAAGGACGCCAAAGUGCAAGGGAAGAACAAACGCGAGUUGCUUAAAAACCUCCGUCGCACAAGUGGCAGGCAGGCAGGCCUGGGCUUCAAAGGAUUUAGACGUACAGAAACGGCAGAAUCCGUCGAAAGCGACGACACGAGAUCAAUGUACGAAGAAGACGAAGAUCAGAGCUCUGGAUCUAGGACACCCACUAUGAUCGGCAACAAUCGAGACGCCCACUUCACCAAGAAGAUUCUUCACCAGACAGGACGCUGCAUCCGGCUUUCGCUGACUCCAUUGAAACUGUUCGAACGGGUUCAUCUCGUCUUUUAUCGCAGUACAGAAUGGACUGAGAAGAGUUUGACGACACUAAUACUAGCGAAGAUCUCGCGGCGCAAUUUCCCUGAGUACAUCGUGAGCCGGUCGACCACCAUUUUCGAGUCGAGGUCACUCCUUCUCGAAUUCGAAGCUAGUCUCCGCACUCAAUUCCGUGUUGACAACAUUCUCGAGUUCAAUGGCACACCUGGCCGCAAGUCAUUCGAAGAAGUCAAAGACAUAUUCGAAGCGGUAUACCCACGAUGGAAAGUAUUGCUGGCUGAAGAGCAGAGAAAGGAAGAGCGAAUCUACGAGAGUGGUGAAGGUGCCUAUCUUCGCCGCUUCAGUCCAGCUUGGGUGUACACCCGAAUCGUGCACAAGGGUCUCCAACCGCUAGCAAGGUUCAAGGAACAUCUACGCGAGCACCAGAUCUUGACCGAGCUCUUGGACCAGCGUCUCUUUCAUGCCGCUCGCAGAGGAGCAUGGUAUCAACGCAAGGCCCUCCUCGAAGAACACUACAUGCACGCUCUUACUCCAACCGAGAACCGCGCUGUCGAAGCGAACAAGAAGCACUGGAAACGAAUAGCCCUAAAUACCUGUGAACAGGGCCUUCAGGAUAAUGAAUGCCACGUCAUAUACCACUACGACCUGCAGAAGCGUAUCACGAAACUCGAAAAGCAGCUGCACGUACCUGUACGUGAGCAGCACGACUUCGGACACGUCCGACUCGGGAAGCCCUUUGAGCGGGACGUCGUCGGAAUCAAGAUCGAGAAAGAUCGUGAUGACACCCCGGCCAGAAGUCUUAGUCGCAAGAAUAGUAUGAACGUCAACGCUCCAGAUUCGACAACGAAGCCUCCCACUCUGCAGCAUCAACCCAGCACCUUUGGGGGAGGCAAGACUAUUUGGCUCGAUACUCUCGACACAAACGAGCACGUCAGCGUCGAAGCCAUGUGCCUCUCACACUAUCGGCACGUCCUAGGCUACAAGGGGUACCACAGCGAAGGCGGCAUUUUGAGGACUAUUUUCGGAUUGUUAUUCUACGAUAUACUCUUUUUCAACCCUUACAUCCCAAACGUGUUUCAGACCGCGUACCAGACGUGUCCGCUCGACUUACAUACAGACAGUUUCUUCUCGAGCCGCGUACCCGAGAUUUUGCGGCGGGUCAACCAGAUCUGCAAUGACGAAGCGGUGGAGAUCGCAAGUCAGGUAUGGGACGACCACUUCGAGCGCAAGACGUGUAUCGUUGGCGUGAGGUGGGAUGGUUUCGAGCGUGACGAUCUGUUCGAGUUGUUGGGCGCUUGGGAUGGCCAGGCCCUGGGGACGGUCAUGCUGGUCAUGGCGCAGGAGUAUCAGAGUCGAGGAGGCGGCGUGCCGGACUUGGUGCUUUGGAAGCCCGGAGACGGGAAUGGGAGUGGUGGCGAGAUUGUAUUCAGUGAAGUCAAGAGCGCGAACGACAGGCUGAGUGAUACCCAACGGCUGUGGAUCAGUGUGCUGUUGGGCGCCGGCGUCAAGGUCGAGCUCUGUCAUGCUGUUGCUGGGGAGGUGAGAAGGGAAUAAGGCUAGACAGGGCCGUUGAAUGAGCAGGAGCACGCCGAGCACAAGUCUAAGAGCAUUCAAUCUGUACAUGGCAUGCUCCAUGUUGUAAAUCACCUUCUUAGCGCCAGUCCAUCUCUGACUCCUUCCCUAUUCAUCAACGAUGUCCUCUGCGUUAUGCAUGAUGCCCUUCUGGCACGCAGCACACGUUCCCAUCUGUGUCAUGCACGACGUCGUCCGGCCGGGCAUCACGCUGUCCCUAUCAUUCGCCCUGAUGGCACCCGCCCACUCCAUCGCAUAACCCUCUACACGAUGAUCCCAAGGGCGGUCA